AUGGCAAUUCUUGGAAAUGCAUUURCAUUCAUUUUCGGAAUCGGACUCCGGGUCGUUGUCGCUGUCCUCGCAGCCGUAGUAUUGAAGCUUCUGUACAACAUUUCCCCUCUCCAUCCCCUAUCCAAGUAUCCAGGACCCAUCCACUGGCGAGCCACCAGAUUAUUCGCAUCGUACCACCACGCCUCAGGAACUCUCUUCCAGCAAAUCGAAGCAGCGCAUGAGAAAUACGGACCAACAGUCCGUAUCGCACCCGAUGAGCUUUCUUUCACGUCUCCGGAAGCAUGGCCUCAAAUCUACAAUUCCCGGCCACAACUCGUCAAAUCCCAAUUCCACUUCGCAGUGAGUGACAACGCAAGACUACCCACGAGUAUGAUCAUGGCCGAAGACGCGGAACACACUCGACUCCGCCGACUCGCUGGUCCGGCGUUUCUGAACAGUGGUGUUGCGGAAGUGGAGUCCGUGUUACAGAAACACGUCAACAGGCUCUGCUCUCAAUUGGCUGUUGUCAGCAAGGAAGGCUCGCAGGACAUGGGUGAAUGGUUUUUGUGGGCUCUCAAUGAUGUUAUCGGGCAGCUGGCUCUGGACCAGGAUUUUGAAUGUCUGGAAAAGAGAAGAAUGCAUCCUUGGCCGGCGUUUCUUCUCGGAGCCCUGAAGCGGACUGCAGCGCUCAACCAGUUCAGAAGGUUUGGCAUCUCUCUCAAAUGGCUGCAGCCCCUGCUGUCUGAAAAGGCAAAAGCCGAUAUCGAGACUUUCUUCAUGACUGCCAAGACUGCCAUCGAAAAGCGACUUGCGCGGGAAAAGGCCGAGAGUGCUGAAGAGAUCCAAGGGGAUAAGAAACGGCCGGAUAUCGUCGGCCUCAUGCUGAGGGAGAUUAAGGGUGGAGAGAAGCUAACAGACGAGGAAAUCAUCUCCAACUCGAUCCUUAUUGUCGGCGGAGGUGCGGAGACGACGAGCACCUGUCUGAGUGGAACGCUCUAUCAUCUGUGCAAGACACCGCAGGCUAUGCAGAAGUUGAGAGAAGAGGUUCGAGGUAGUUUCGCCUCCGCAGAUGAGAUCACCCUCAAAGCUGUCGCGGAAAUGCCUUAUUUGAAAGCUGUGAUCGAGGAAGGGCUAAGAAUGUUUCCCGUGGCAAGCUACAUCACGCCGAGGACUCACGUGUCCAUGGGCCAAUGGGGUAUGGGACGAUCCGAGCGGCUUUUCGACAAAGCCAAAGAGUUCAAGCCUGAACGAUGGCUGGAGUUGGAUGUUCAAGAAGCCUCUGGUCGGCGUGUGGACGAUAUCAUGAAGCCCUUCAGCAUGGGUCCACGCAACUGUGUAGGAAAAGCCUUGGCGCUUGCGGAAGCGCGAUUGGUGAUGGCGAAGCUGAUGUGGCAUUUCGACUUGGAGCUUGACGGUGACCACGCCAAUUGGGUCCGAGAUGCACGAUUCUAUAUUCUCUGGCAGCUGCAGCCGCUCAAGAUUCGCAUCAAGCCCGCGAGAUAG